AAAGAUGGCUACAGCAUUAGUAUCUGCAGGAUAAUCUAUAAGUAAAAUGCUUUCAUUUAAAUGUUUAGUUGGAACUUAUGUACAAUAGGAUAUAGAGACAAGAUUACAAUAAGAAGUGUAUAAAAAGUAAAUAAGAGUGAGAGAAUUCUUUACAGAUUUUGAUCGUCUACGAAAGGGAUGGGUGACAGAAGAUAAGGUAUUAUUGUAUGAAUAACAAUAAGUUUCGUUCUGCUUUAUCAAUGAUAAAUUUUCACUUUACUAGGGAAGAAAUUGAAGAAAUAAUAAGAAGAUAUAAACUUAAUGAUGGAUUAGUAUAGUAUACAACAUUCUGUAACAAACUUGAAGAGUAAUUCUUGAAUAGUGAAGCUAAAGCUUAAGUGUUUUAGGCACCCUAAGUAUUAAUUAUAGAGUAAUUGUAGAUCUUUAAUAAGGAUGAGGAAGAAACAGUAAAGAGAUUAAUGUUAGCAAUAAAAAGGAAAAUUGCAACAAAACGAAUAUUUUUGAAACAGCCAUUCCAGGAUUUUGAUAGAACUGCUUGUUCUCACAUUACAAUUGAUCAAUUUUCUAGAGUUUUGAAUUAAUUAGGGUUAUUGCCUAAAGAUCAAUAUUUGUAAUUACUUAUUAGACAAUAUAUUGAUAAUGGUAAUCCAAAGGAAGUGAAUUAUGUUAAAUUUUGUGAUGAUGUUGAUAAUGUUCAAGAAAUGUUAAGUGGAGUUAUCACUGGUAUUAAGCAUAAUCCAAAAGAAGUAUUAAUAUCUAAUAAUCUAGGUCCAUCCUGAUGAUGAUUUCAUUGAAGACAAAGAAGGACUUGAUUUGAUUUCUACUUUGUUUACUUCCAAAAAAUUAACUGAUAACAUCAACACAUUGGAAUAAGUUUUAAAGAAGAUUUAAGGAGAUGUAGUCAUGAAAAGAAUUAGAAUUCGAGAGUUCUAUAAAGACUUUGAUCCAUUAAGAAAAGGAUUAGUUACUGAAUCUCAAGUAUUUUAUGAUUAUUCAUGUUAGUUUGCUAGAAUAUUACAUAUUCAAAAUAUUCCUGUUACUGAAAAGGAAAUAUCUAUAUUAUUGAAUCACUAUAAAAUUGACAGCAUUCCUAAUGGUUAAGUAGAUUAUAAUCAAUUUUGUGAAGAUGUUGAUAAGAUUUUUACUAUUAAAGGAAUAGAUAAAUCUCCUUAAGCAUAAGUUCCUUAAAUUGAUGAUUCAACUACAUUACCAGCUAGAAGAAGAUAUUUAUAAAUGACUGAAUAAGAAGCCAUAUAGUUAGAUGAAUUAUUGAUGAAAUAUAAAUAAGCCAUUCAAAACAAAAGAGUUCUUUUAAAACCAGUCUUUGAAGAUUUUGAUAAGACUAAAUAAGGAUAUAUCACUACUAAUUAAUUCUUAAGAAUUUUAAAUUAAUUUAAUUUAUUCCCAGAUCCUGUUUCAUUAAAUUUAUUAUUAAAAAGAUUUGUUGAUAAAGCUAAUUUAAAUGAAGUCAAUUAUUAUGAUUUCUGUAGAAUUGUUGAUCAAUCUGAUGAAGGUGUUGCUAUUAGUAGAUCUCAUGCUGAUGCAUUCAAAAAUUAUGUUAAAUCAGAUAAUGUUAGUUAAGCAUUUAUAAGAAAUGAUUAACCUAAUGAUUUUGAAGAUCUUAUGGCUAAAUUAAGAAGAAUUGUUAAAGAAUAAAGAUAAAGAAUAGCAGAAUUUUUAAGAGAUUUUGAUAAAUUAAGAAGUGGAACCAUUACAGUUACAUAAUUAAGAAAAGGAUUAAGUAUGGCUAAGAUAUUAUUGUCUGAUGCUGAAUUUUAAUUGAUACUAUAAAACUUUGGAUGCAAAGAUAAACCCAAUUUUGUAUAUUGGAAAGAUUUCACUGAUUAAGUUGAUUAAGUAUUUACUACUAAAAAUCUUGAAAAAGUAAGUCCUUCUGAAGAAGUACCUAUGAUGUCAACAUAAUAUAAUUAUGGUAGAGUCUCUAUUACAGAAAGAGAUAGAUAAGUAGCUGAAGUUGUUAAAAAGAAAUUUUAAUAUUUCUGUAAAGCUACCAGAUUAGAUAUUAAAUAAUUUUUUUAAGAUUGGGAUAAAUUAGGUAGAAAUAAAGUAUCUCCUAAAUAAUUCAGAUAAACUUUAGCUACUGUUAAUUUCAUUUUAUCUGAUGAAGAAUUCUAAGCAGUUGUUAAAAUAUAUGCAGCUGAAGAUGAUGGAGAUAUUAGAUAUGUUUAAUUUAUAAAUGAUACUCAACCUCCCUUAGAAAUUUAAACUGAAUCAGGAGCAUCUCAAGCUUAUGUAGGAGUCAAACCAAAAGAAAAAGAGAAAGUAAAUAAUUAUUAUUAUUUUAAUUAGUUAUAACCAUCUGUAUUAUUAGAAUAAAUUAAAGUGGCUGUUAAAAUAAAAAGAUUAAGAUUAGGAGAUUAUUUCAAAGAUUUUGAUCCAUUAAGAAAAGGAUUAAUGCCUACCAAUAAAUUUAGAGGAGUAUUGAGUUAAAUGAAAAUUGAUUUGGACCAAGAAAGUUUAGAUUUAUUAGAAACUAUGUAUGUUGUACCAGAAGAUCCAAUUAGAGUCAAUUAUGCUAAAUUUAUAGAAGAUGUCGAAAUUGUAUUUACAAAAUCUGUAAUAAUUCAUAUUUAAUAAUUUAAACAUAGGGAUUAGAUAAAGAUCCAUUGAUGAAACCUCCAGUCCAUGUUAUUCCAACCUUUCUAGAUCCUAGAGAUGCCUUAACUUAAGAAGAAGAGGAAGCUUUGCAUACUAUAAUGUUAAGAUUAGGGGAAGUUGUUAAAAAACACAGAAUCUUACUUAAACCACACUUCCAAGAUAAAGUAAUAUAUGAUUUGAAUAUUAUAGGAUAAAACUAAAUCUGGAAAGAUUACUUUUACUCGAUUUAGAUCUAUAAUGGAUUUUCAUAAAUUGCCAUUAACUGAUGAUUAAUUUAGAGUCAUUUGUAAAAGGUAACUAUUUAAAUAUUAUAAUUUCUUAUAGAUUUGCUUACUAGGGUAUUGAAUUCAAUUAUGUGGAAUUUGAUGAAAUUUUAAAGAAAUACGAGAAUUUUUAUCAAUGAAUUAUAA